UGGAAACUUAUAGUAUCAAACAUGAACAAAAAAAGUGGUGAUCAACUGAAUUUUUCAGCUGAAACAGGUAACAUAGAACUCCUCUAUGCAGCAAUUCAAGAUGAUCCAUCUAUUUUGGAAAAUAUAGAUACAAUCCAAUUUGUAGAAACUCCUUUACAUAUCUCUGCAUCUAGGGGUCAUCUCGAGUUUGCCACUGAAAUAAUGAACUUGAAACCUUCGUUUGGUAUGAAGCUAAAUCAGCAAGGUUUCAGCCCCAUUCAUCUUGCUAUGCAAAACGGCCAAAAGGCAAUGGUGUCUAAGUUGGUUGGCAUCAAUAAAGAUCUUGUUAGAGUUAAAGGAAGAGAAGGCUUGACUCCACUUCAUUUCGCAUGUCAAAAUGGGGAGGUUGAACUUUCAGCUGAAUUCCUCACUGCUUGUCCGGAUUCCAUUGAAGAUGUAACUGUCAGAGGUGAAUCUGCAUUGCACAUUGCUGUUAUGAAUCAUCAGUUUGGGACCCUUCAGGUACUUGUUGGCUGGCUCAAAGAAAACUGCAAGACAGGUGCUAGAAUGCUGCAAAAUAAAAUAUUCAACCACAAAGACAACGCAGGCAACACUGCUUUGCACAUUUCAUCCCUUAGGAGUGAACCAAAGGUAACCUCGUGAUUAA